GCUCUCUCUGGUUCCCUUACUCUCUCCAUCGCUCUCUCGCUCUCUUUCCCUGAGUGUGCGAGAGGAGUUCGGGCAGCAGCUUCGUCAGCGAGCAGCUGAGGAGAGCUGUGGAACUCACAUGUGUGUGUGUGUGUGUGUGUGUGUCUCUCUCAUCUUUCUCUCGUAGUCUCCGGCUCAUGCCUCUACUCUCUCUGGAGUCUACGGCUGUGGCACAUCCUGGGGCACUGACACGGCGAACGAAGCACCUCCUCUCACCAUCUGCACUCUGCUCCUCAAACAGCACAAACCAAGGAGAAAAGAAGGAGAGAGUGGAAGCAAAGGAUGGAAGAGAAGAAGAGAGAGAUGAGAAUCUGAAGGGAAGGUGCGGAGGUAGGAGAGACUCAUGGACAGAGUGGAAAAAGUAAGUCAAAAAUAGUACUGGAAGAAUGAUACAGAGAUAAAGUAAGGAACGCAGAGCCGAUAAAGGUGAAUAUUGUUAUAAAUAGGAGAGCAGCCGGGUCCGGGAGAGAAUAACAAUCUCAGAGAAAGAAGAUUUAGGGAAAUGUUCUAACAGUCACAGCGUGGUAGAAUAAAGCUGCUGAAACGAAAAAGAGCAUAGGCUCAGGGAGAGAUCAGCAGGAGGGAUCAGGCUCAUUUGCAGAGGACAGCACUGGCCAACCACAUGCCCAUCGAAUUUGUUUGUAAAAUCAAGUUUGCUGAAGGCGACGAAGCCAAGGGGGCCUCGACAGAAGGAGGCGGAACCGUUAUGCUAGAUGAAGGCCUUCGGCGGCAAAAAGGAGGCAUGGCUGACCUGGCGUCCUUCGCAAGCUCCUCUUCGCUGCACGGUCUGGCUCGGGUGUUGGGGACCUCGGGGCGCUUGGGCUUCAGACAGACCCUCUGGGGACUGGCGCUGUUGGCCUCGCUUGGUCUCUUUCUGUACCAGGCGACAUGGAGCACGGCGACUUAUCUAGAGCGACCUCACCUCGCAGCUAUGAAGGAAGAAACCCGCCGUGAACUUACCUUCCCGGCCAUCACGCUCUGCAACGUCAACCGAUUCCGCUUCUCAGCCCUCACCGACGCGGACAUCUACCACUUGGCUAACCUCACCGGCCUGCCGCCCAAGAGCCGGAAAGGACACCGGCCAAGUGAGCUCCAGUACCCACCCCCUGACAUGCUAGACAUUUUCCAGAGGACUGGCCACCAGCUGGAAGACAUGCUGAAGAGUUGCAACUUCAGCGGGCAGAACUGCUCGAGCGAAGACUUCAGCGUGGUGUAUACACGGUAUGGAAAAUGUUACACAUUUAAUGGAAACAAGACAUCACCCAAGCGUGUAAGGCAAGGUGGCACAGGAAACGGACUGGAGCUGAUGCUUGAUAUUGAGCAGGACGAGUAUCUGCCCAUCUGGAGAGAAACCAAUGAGACGACACUGGAGGCAGGUAUUCGGGUUCAGAUUCAUAGUCAGAAUGAACCCCCAUACAUCCACCAGCUGGGCUUUGGGGUCUCUCCAGGAUUCCAAACUUUUGUGUCCUGUCAGGAACAAAGGCUAACAUACUUGCCACAGCCGUGGGGAAACUGCCGGGCUUCAUCUGAGCCUGUGAUCCCAGGAUACGACACCUACAGCGUCAGUGCUUGCAGACUGCACUGUGAGAGCACACAGGUGCAGAGAGAGUGCAAUUGCAGGAUGGUUCAUAUGCCAGGCAGUGCUGAUAUCUGCACACCCAGUAAAUUCAAGUGUGUUGACAAGGCUUUAGCUUUACUCCAGAAGAGCACAGGUGACUCAUGCCCCUGCGAGACACCCUGUAAUUUGACUCGGUAUGGAAAAGAGCUCUCUAUGGUUAAAAUCCCCAGCAGGGGCUCUGCUCGCUACCUUUCUCGCAAAUACCAGAAAUCGGAGGAAUACAUCAGAGACAACUUUCUCAUCUUGGAUAUUUUCUUUGAGGCCCUUAACUAUGAGACAAUAGAACAGAAGAAAGCAUACGACAUUGCCGGUCUGUUAGGAGAUAUUGGUGGACAGAUGGGGCUCUUCAUUGGAGCCAGUAUUCUGACUAUACUGGAAAUACUUGACUAUAUCUAUGAGGUUGUCAAAUGCAAAAUCAAGCAACUCCUGAAACCAAAAAAGAGUCAGAAACCACAGAACCAACGGAACCUGAUCCAAGAGCAGAUCCAGAGAACAAAGAACCUACGAGAGCAGAACCUGAAAGCUCAGCUGGCAGCCGGAACUAUAGCUACGGUGAGAUUCGAAGAAGUCAAAGUCAAGGCAGCUAAUGAAGUGGCUCAACCGCACGGCGCACAUCCAACUUCGAUAUUACCAAAUCAUCACAAUGCACAAGCAGUCGUACAGCAGGACUUCGCUUGUUAAGAGACGCCUCUUCUCUGUAUUUAUUUUUCAUGUCACUGAACUUGAAAUUGGGGUCUUGAACAGACCCUGUACACUGAAAUACAAAUUUCAUUUUUUUCCCACUUAUAAAGCUACAGCCAAAGCCUAAUCCAGGACCUCAUGUGAAACCGGCUCAAACCAGUCACGCCGUCACUGUUCUCAUUGUUUAAGUCGAUACCAGAUGAAGAAACCACACAAUGCGUUUCACAUGUGCUUUUGUUGAUUUUUUUUUCCCAUCUGGAUGGACCUAUCGUAGAUUUCAAAGAAGAAAGGACCUGAAGGGAUCACAAUCGGUCAGGAUGUCGCAUUCCACGUAAAUUACCCGUUCGACAGGACAAAUAUGAACUAAACGAAAGAUAUAAGAGAUGACGCAACCAAACAGUUGUUGCUUUGUGCAAAAAAAAAAAAAAGUUGGGUUUCUGCGUGGUUCUUCUUAUGGUAAUGUACAGUGCUUGCGCCAUUUCACCUUUUCACAUUUCUUAAUAACAUAAUGAGGCUUCUCGGUAGGAGAACAGCUAAAAUAUACCAUUCGUUUCUCUGUGAGUAGGUGUUAUGUUCGUUUUCAGUCUUAUGUAACUUCUCCAUUGUGCUGUGGUCCUUAUAAUGAAACAGUCUGUCUCUAGGUUUGAAACAUGGAAAAACGCCACACUGGAGCACACCGUUUGCUGAAAUCAUCUCUAGUGAACAAUAAAGAAAGAAAAUCAAAUAAAAACAUAACUACAUAUUUAUAUGAAUAUAAAAAGGUAGAGGUGAUAUUUAUUUUGUAUUCAAAUACAAGCACAUUCAAAUACAAACACAUUUCAAUUUGUAGUAACAUUUUGCUGAAUAUCCAUCAUUUCCAUCUAAAAAAUGUUAAAUAAUAAUUAAAAAAUGGUUUAAAAAGACUAUAUACACAGUAAUACUGACUACAGAUUAAACCAAACUGUCCGUGUAUAACCUUAAAACCAUCUUGACUUCUUCUUCUUCUUCUUCUUCUCCCUUUUUUAUAAUUUCGUGACUUGAAUAAUGUAUUGGAGACUGGUCAAAAGCCAGAGCCUUCUGAUUGAAUAUGCAGAAUUUCCACAAUUAACCUCGUACAUGAGGACAGUUUCUCAAGGAGGAAAAAAAACUGUUCUUACUGCCAUCUAGUGGGCUUAUUAUUAAAACACAAACAACUAUUAUGUAUUAUCAACACCGGGUUGUAUGAACUUGUCAAGGUCUGGUGACUCCAUAACAGUGGACUUUCGAGGGUAGAAACGUUAUGUAUAAUCGUGCAAUUCUGCAAAUUACUUUGGAAGUGUUUGGUGAAUAAAGAGUUGGGGUUUUUUAAAGAAUACGUCAGGAUGAUGACUGUAAUCCAAUGUGUGAGCAAAUAGGUUGUGACCACACAAUAAUAAUAAUUAUGAAAAUGUGCCGUCGCCGACAUUGACACACUUUCGACAAAUAGAAUUAGAGCCUUUUAAGCUCUUCAUCUGUAACCAUUUCUGUUAGCAGCAGAACGGAGCACACUGUAAACAUCUGCAGUGUGAUGCAUUAACUCUAUAAUCUCAUUACAGCAUGUCAGUUCCACAGAGCCCAUCACCUGCCACUCUGCUCUCUCGAACAUCUUUUUGUAACAGCAAAACAAAAAACAUACGAGGAAAAAAACUAAAAAACUGGACAUUUUAAAUAUUUAUAAAUAUUUGGUUUAUGUGCAAAACAAAACUAAACUAAAAAGUGUUUUUUUGUGUGUUCGUUUGAUUGCUGGUUGCUGGUUGCAUAGCCGAGAAGCGUUUGACUGUGAAGGAGCAGAUAUAAAGGCACAGAUUUUUACAUGGACAAUAUAGUUAGUUUGUCCCAGACAGCCACAGCUCACAGGAAAAGGAAGUGUGGGUGGAAUACUGGAAUGUAUUUCUAACAUGGGUGGAUUCAGAAUACUGGAAUAAUGCAAAAUACAUUGUGGAAGUAGCUUUAUGCAUUCGCCUUUUCUGAACUGUCCAGUAUUGUUGUAAACAUACUUGAUCCUCUCUGCCCUCAGCUGCAGACACAAUAAAAAUGCAAAACAA